AUGUCGUUCGCUAAACUACUGGUCGUUUCCUUGUGUCUCUUUCCAUUUGGCUCUGCGAAACCUUUGAAGGGCACGUUCGCUCCUCGUCAGGAUCCGUCAAGUCCUUUGCUGGCCGAUUCCACUGCUUGCGGAGACAUUAUUGUUGCAGUAAACAACAACUACACACUCUUUCGCGCAUCAUGGGUUUACGAAUGCCUGCAGAGCGUUCCAUUCAAUUCGGCCGUCGCAACGCGAUUUCUCGACUACUACAACAUGACCCUACAGUUCCAGUCCACAACAGGCUAUCUUAAAGUGCCACCGGCAGGCUACCAACGACCUUCUUUCGACGUCAACCAGGCCUUGGAGGACAUCAAGCAGAACGUGACUGCGGGUGUUUAUAAGAACCAGUACGAAUUUGAAGCGCAUCUUCAGCUUCUGGUUACGCAGCUGCGCGAUACCCACGUGAUCCUCAAUGCUGGUGCUCUCUCGGCCUUCUCCUUUGUCAGCCCGUAUGGGCUUGUAAGUGCAUCCGUCGACGGCAAACAAGCACCUGAGAUCUACCUGGACGAUGAUCUGUACAGGGCUUGGGCAAUCGACGGAGACAAAGCGUCGCCUAUUGCUCAAAUCAACGGUGUAGAUGUCAUCGAGUAUCUCGCGCGUUUUGCCGAACGAAACUCUGCAGGUUUCUUGGAGCCGCACGCAGAUUGGAACGCAGUUAUGGAUAGCCCAGCACUCGACGUCCAGGGAUACUUGAGCACUUUCCAGUCGGCGACGCUGUACCCCGGUGAUGAUACCUUUGGUGAUGCGCUCAACUUCACGCUCAAAAAUGGCACGACGAUCGAGACCGUGUGGUGGGCGUUCUGCGUCGACUGCACGGAUACCGGUCCUCUUACUACUGGUGGCGACUUCUACAACUACUUUGUGCUCGGCUUUCUGCCGGAUAGCUACGAGAAGGGCGCUCAAUGGUGGCCGAUUUGGGAAAGUGAAGCUAGCACCCCAAGCAACGACAGCGACAGCGACAGCUAUCUCGUGGAUAUACUGAAAACCUACUGUGCCCUUGGACAUACUUCAACACCAAAUUGGUGCAUCGACAGCUUCGGCGCAUACCCGAAUAAUCCGGUCGUCGCCCAAGCUAAUCUCUCUAUCGAUGGAGGGGGUAUUGUGUCCGGCUACAUGCUCGACGAUGUCUUCACCGCCGUGCUUAGUAUUCCAUCCUUCUUUCAAAGCGGCGAUGAUACUCUGGAAUUCCGACAAGCAAUUUUGGAUUUCAUUGGCAACGCAUCCCAAACCAAAGCUUCUCGCGUAGUGAUCGACUUGCAAAAGAACACGGGGGGGCUCACCUUCCUUGCCUACGAUACAUUCAAGCAAUUCUUCCCCAACCUUGAGCCCAACGGAGCAAGCCGCCAGCGCAGCCACGAGCUAAGCAAUAUCUUAGGUGAAGCGUAUACCGCGUGGUGGGACCUCCCGGAGACUAACCACUCAGACAACUAUCAGUAUGCGGCGAGCGAGUGGAUUGUCACCAACCGUAUCAACGUCGCCACAGGAAAGACUUUCUCUUCAUGGGAAGAGUUCUACGGCCCUGAAGUCAACAAUGGCGAUACAUUCUCUGGAGCCCAACGAUAUAACCUCUCCGACGAGAUCUUUGACUAUGCCGCAUUCCGCGACUAUCCAUGGGGCUACGAUCCAAGGUUCCCACUGAAUGAUACUACCCCAAAUUGGGCGGCAGAGGACAUCGUAAUUUUGACUGAUGGCCUCUGCGGCUCUGCCUGUGCCCUUUUCGUCGAGUUCAUGACGCAUCAAGCCGGUGUUCGGACAGUCGCUGUUGGUGGACAACCCACUAACGGACCAAUGCAAGCAGUGAGCGGCACCCGAAGUGCUGCUGCCUAUUCGGCAGACGCACUUGACUAUGACUUUGGUGAAGGAUUAGAGUUCCCCGUCGACAAACCCGAUGUAGCCUCGAAGCUUCCCAACCGCACUGACACCGGAAUGUGGACCGAAUACGCUGGUUUCACCAUCAGGAAUCAAGUGCGCGGAAACGACUUCAAGCCUCUGCAGUUCCAGUACCAAGCCGCUGAUUGCCGAAUCUACUACACUCUCGACACCGUCUACAAUAUGACCCAGCUUUGGCGUUAUGCUGCGCGCGCAGCAUGGGAUGACGCGAGCCUCUGCGUAGAAGAUUCCACGGGCUACCCAACAGCUCGCAACGAGACAUCAACAAAAGCCCCGCCAUCGCCGAAUCCCAAAGAGACAAAAGCUUUUGAUUUUGACUCCCUUCUCGAGUCUCCCUUCGCUGGUAACUCUACAUUCGAGUUGACCGACGGGCCUGUGUCAGUCUCGAAAGGAGCGGGACAGAUCACAUCGUGCAAGGCCAACGGAGCUUGUGAUAGUGGAUCGUGUCUACCCAUGCAGCUGUCUUGCUUUGGGAAGUAUAUUCCUGUCUACGCCUGUCUACCGACUUGCGAUCUCGCCAAAGGUCCUCUCGGCGGUUGUACAGGGGCUGGUGCAUAUUGCGACCCGGAUGGCAUUUUGAGCAGCAAACAGAAUGGGCGUGGAGCUAGUGGCGGUACAAAUGCGAUUAGGAGAACAGGGCAUUGCAAAACGACUAUUCCAUCAAAACAGGUUGCAUGUCCGAGAUGAGGAGGGUGUAAUUUCUAAUGUUUCCUUUUGCGUAUAAGCUUAGUGGAUCCUUGAAUGCGGUAGAUAAUAGAGGAUAUGAAUAGAUUGUACAAUACCCAAUUCUGCACUAGGUAUCAUUGUGACUUCCUCUACAAGCGCGUUUUCUUUUGGUCAAGGACUGAUGCGGUUGCAGAGGUUAGCCAUGAGAGUUUGAAUGCUCAAUAGAACUUUUUCUACCAAGGGGAGAACAUGUCAUACCCUAUUCUCACCUUCUCCUUGCCAUAGUCCCCCAGAACAAUCGUCACUUGAUCAACAAGAACAUCCCAAAGAGGGCUACAAUGAAACAAUUUCUUCCACCGUUACGAUUUAAAACUUGACCGUCGUGGCAUUUCAAU